ACAGAGCCCACGACUCCCUCGUCUCUCCCGAAUCGCCGCCACCAUUGCCUCGUCUCCCUUGCGCCGACCCUCCCCACCUCCCACCUCAAAGCUCUGGAGGCUGCCAGAUCCGCUAAAUCCCCACCCAACCGUCCCUCUCGCUCUCGCGUCCCAUCCCAAUCUCUUCACGCGGCUCCUCGCCGCGCUACCUGCGGCGGCUCCAUCAGGUAAUGUCCGGCGAAUCCCGCCACCGCGAAGCACAACCCGAGGUCCCUUCGCUCUGUGGAGCCCUCCCAUCCAGCUAGAUCCAGCGCUUGAGGCCACCACAACCCACCCGCGACCCAUCCCGCAUGGCUAGGUUCCGGGCGUCGGAUCUGUUGCCGGUGGCCAUGUCGUUGUCGUCCUCGUCUCAUCCGACGUGCGGGGAGGAACGUCCAGUGGACAACCUUGCUACGGCUCAGGAUGAAGCAGCCACGAGCUUCCUCCUCCGGCUUCAGCGGAGGUGUAGCAACGGCAGUUUGAAGCAGAUUAGGCGCCCGCGGGCGUCUUUGGCAGCGAGGCCGUUGAGUGAAGGAAAUGGCAGUGUGGCGAUUUUUUUUCUAUUCACAAUAUUGACUAAUAUCCUCUGUAUAUUUACUAACUCCGGAUCCAAGACUUUUAAAUAUAAAUUAUAACAUAGCAGAAGAAAGUCUGGUGAAAGUCUGGCGGUUUGUUUUCUAUUCUCCAUCCUUAAAGCUCAUAACAGAAGAAAGAACCAUACAAUUGACUUUAUCACUAUUGCUUUAUUAAGAAAAAAAACCUGUCUUUUACGCAUGUAUUGAUGCUCCUCUUGACUCGAUUGUGUUGUAGGGAGUGAAAGCAUCCAGUUGGGGUGGUCUGCAGCUCUGGUCGCCUCCAGCAGCACUACAUAGUCAAAGUUCCAAACAAUAGUAUUACACUGCUGCCUCCAGCCAACCACAACAUAAUCAUUGGUGUGUUUCUUAUCUAGAAGAUUUGAGUAAUGUACGUGUUUAUUUCAGAAAACAUUUCUUAAUGAAGGUUUAUAUAAGACAGAUAUUCCUGUACAUUAGCUUUAGUUUUUUUUUUUUAACUAGAAAGUGUGGUUUCCUUUUUUUUACACGAACUCACUAAAGCAUGGGAUCCAUUUGGGGUUCCUCGAUAGCUAAUAUUAGGAGCACGCAAGAUUUAGA